CUUACAGUAAAGCGCAGCAUCCUCAGCUGUCACUUUUAUCACAUGAAAACGCCUGGACGUGUUUGUCAAUGCAGAUGAGGAGUUAGAUGUCGUCAUUUGUUCAUAAACAAAGCAGGUAUACACGCUUUAAUAAAUUGCUAAAGAGCAAUGAGUCGUUGCUUGCGGGUAUUUUUACAGUCAUAUUCAGCUGUGUUUGCUAUCUUGAACACACCCCGCUGAGUACCCCGAUAUUGUUCAAGGGGAAUAAUGGCUGCACAGGAGCCGUCUCCACCAUCUUCCCUGGAAGGUAACAAACCGGGCUUCCCAAAGAAAAUUUUGGCUAACAACCUGGAGGAUAAGCAUUUGUGCAACUCGUGUCAGAAAAUCCUGAGAAGGCCCCUGCAAGCCCAAUGCGGUCACCGCUUUUGUUCGUUCUGUUUCAACAAAAUUGUGAGUUGUGGACCACAGAAAUGCAGUGCAUGCAUCAAAGAAGACCUGUUUGAGGAACCCACCUCGAUCCUUAAGCAAGGUGGUGCUUUCCCUGACAAUGCAGCCCGCAGAGAAGUGGAGGCCUUGGCAGCUGUCUGUCCCAAUGAAGGAUGCAUAUGGACUGGAACUGUCAAAGAAUUUGAGGCCAGCCACGAGGGCAACUGUGACUUCAUGAUCAUCCUCUGUCCUUCCUGUAAAGAGCUCAUGAGAGCCAAUGAGCAGGAACGCCACAAUGAGAGAGAGUGUCCGGAGAGAACGCUCAACUGCAAAUACUGCAAAGAACCCUUCCUGUUAAAGAAUAUCAAGGCUCAUGAUGAGAUCUGUCCAAAGUAUCCAAUGAUUUGUGAAGGUUGUGCGAAGAAAAAGAUCCCCAGAGAAAAGUAUGUGGACCAUAUUAAGUUCUGCAGUAAAUUUAAAGCUCCAUGCAGAUUUCAUGUUGUUGGCUGCGAUACGUCUGUGGAGAAAGAGAAGAUCCAUGACCAUGAGCGCCAGUGUUCGUAUGAACACCUUAACCUGCUUCUGCAUUUCAUCAUGGGCAUCAAGGUGAGCCUGGAGAGCCUGCAACCCCAAAGCCUGGAGGUGGCCAGCCAGAAGCUGCAGGAGCUCCACCAGUCCCUCAGGGAUCUGGAACUCAAGAUGAGCCAGCUGGGUGGGUGUGUUGCAGCUCCUGUGCAGGGAGCAUGUGCCCCGACCCUAACCACAUCCUUCACCCCGCUGCCCAGUGCCAUGGGUGCCGCUUUGGAACUGCAGCUACAGAGUGAAAAAACCAGAGUGGCUGAGCUAAGCCGGCGCUGCCAGGAGCUGGAGCUCAAAGUGAGCACUUUCGAAAACAUUGUCUGCGUCCUCAACCGCGAGAUGGAGCGCUCCUGCACUACCAUGGAGGCCUACAACCGCCAACACAGACUGGAUCAGGACAAGAUUGAAAUCCUCAAUAACAAGGUUCGUCAGCUGGAGAGAACGGUGAGCCUGAGGGACCUGUCCAUCGUGGAGAUGGAGGGGAAAAUGAGAGAAAUGUCCGCAGCCACUUAUGACGGCAUAUUUGUCUGGAAGAUCUCUGAUUUCACCAAGAAGAGGCAGGAUGCUGUGGCUGGCCGGGCCCCUGCUAUGUUCUCUCCUGCCUUUUAUACCAGUAAAUAUGGCUACAAGAUGUGCUUGCGGAUCUACCUGAAUGGUGAUGGGACGGGGCGAGGCACCCACCUGUCUUUGUUCUUUGUGGUGAUGAGAGGACACAGUGAUGCACUCCUCAAGUGGCCUUUUAAUCAAAAGGUCACCCUUAUGCUGCUCGACCAGAACAACAGGGAGCACAUAAUUGAUGCCUUCAGGCCUGACAUUUCAUCCUCAUCCUUCCAGAGGCCUGUCAGCGACAUGAACAUCGCCAGUGGUUGUCCGCUCUUCUGUCCGCUCUCAAAGCUGGACUCUAAAAACUCCUAUAUACGUGAUGACACCAUUUUCAUCAAAGCCAUUGUAGACCUAACAGGCCUUUAGGUAAAAGUUGAGGGCAUGAAUCCAACUCUGCCUUUUGUUGCUACUAACCUGUUUAAGUCAACAGGAUUUUGUAUCACGAGAAAUUGGGAUUUGCCUUUUGACAUUUAUUUGGUUUUUUUGAAUUUGGUAUGAUUUUAUUGGUGGCAAUAUGCAAGACCAGAGCAAGUUCUUUUGGGCUACUUGCCACUGGCCAAAAACUUGUGUAGCCAUUCUUAUCUUACCAAUUGAACUGAGUUUGUGUUUGACAAAAAUUGCAAAUACCUACCAAAGUGAAAAUAACAUCCAUACUGGUAUUUGGCUGAUAAUGUGUUAUUUUCCCUCCCCCAAGAAGUCCCUCAGGCCAGUGUUUUGAAACAACUGUGCUAUCCUAAUGACAAAAUAAUAGAGAAUAGCUAGCAUGCUUAUUAUAAGUCCAUCAAAUGAAGUGUACGUUUUUUUAAGGAGUUUUUUUACAAACUCCUUAAAAAUCUAAUAUUAUUGGCAACCCUUAAAAGAUUUAACAACAGGAGAUUCGUUUAGCUGAUAAGGUUUUAUUUAAGUUUCCAGACAUGUGUCUGACAACUUGGUGAUGUGGUAAAAAUAAUUUUUAUCUCCUUAGUACUGUUUUUGUCUCCACCAACUCUUAAAAAGGUUUUUGUGGCUUGUUAGCUAGCUAGCUAGCUAAACUAGCUACCAACUAUCUUGUUAGCUUAAUUUGUUUUCAGACAGUAGGUUUGGCAGUGAAAACAACUGCCUGCUGUUGGGAACAGGCUGAAUCAGAGUGGUGUGACUGAAUUAAAACUGUGUAAUCGAGCUGUUUUAUAUGACAUGUAGUUUUGUGGCCAAUCAUUAAUAUAAAAAUUCUGGUAGAGCAGCUAUAAAAAGAAAAAACAAACCAACUGUCCACUAUAGUGCUCAUGUUGAAGCUAAUGCUAAUUUGUUAGCUUAUUUUAAACAUUUAGCUUAAAUUUGCAACACCAAAACCUGUCCUAAAUGACUGAAAAUAUUGAACCUUAGACCAGUGACACCGUAGCUUUGUAUUUUGAACGACUUACAGACAUUGCAAGGUCUAGGCUCUUUAUUGAGUUUAUUGCCUAGCAUUUGGUAAGCUGUUUUUUUUUUUUCUUUCUUUACAGUCAAGUUUGUCACACUGUUAAAGGAACUGUAACAGUGUGACACCCAUGUAGCCUACAGAAUAUUGCGCAGCUGUGCACACAGUUUGUAGUGCAGUAGAAUUUCAAACUGGUUUGCUUUUUUUUUUUUUCCCCAUUCUGUGCCUCCAACUCAGACUCCUGUGUUCAUUGAUAAUCAUUUGUGGUGGUGGGCAUUGCUUGAAUUCCAUGAAUUCUGAAUGCAGUAUUUCACUCGAACGUUCGGUCUGUGAGUGUCUGUGUUCAUGUGUACACUGUUCCAUUUCUAUUGUUAUUUGCAGGGUUAGUUAAUGUUGGAUCUGUGGAAGAUACAGUAGCUUGCAGCAGUGUGCUGUUUGCCCAUGAAACAGUAACAGAGAUGGUAGUUGAGCUGAUUUGCCCAAAUGGAAAUGCAACAUAUUUUAUUAAAAAUAAACAUAUAUUUGCAUACAGGUUCUAAAAAAGUCUAUAAGUAUCUUUUGAUAGUAAUCUCUGGCUUUUUCAAAAAAGUAUUUGUUCUAGCUAAUCCAGUUGAUGUCGAUUGCUUGGUUUGUAACGUUGUUCAGUUGGUUAGUACAUGUUAGAAUAGCAUCCACAGCCAAUGGGACGUUUUUUUUUCUAGCUGAAUAUUACAUUGUAAAGAAAUAAUUAAUGUUUUUCACUUCCCCUGUCAGUGGUUUUAAUAUUGUGACAGUUCGUCCAUGUGAUACUUGGGACAGUUUACUUGUUAAACUCUCAAAAGCUCCUGAGAUGGGAUGAGACAAAUCACUGAAACUGGUGACACUGAAAGGAAAUGUGCCCCCUACUAGCUAGUGGGUAACAUGAUUUUCUCUAUGAACAGUACCUUUAACAGUACAGAAAGUACAUCAAGUGUGAUCACAGAAACACAAAGUCAGAACAAAACUACACUGAAACAUGAAUACAGUGAUGCAAAGUGAGAAAAUAACUACUAUGAUACAGACUAAUAAAAUAAGUACAAAGUGAUUCAAAACCACAAGCUGGGGAAAAUGACCAUAAGUAGCUAAAUCAAGAGAAUGUCACCAAAGAGAUUUAAAAAUGAUUUAAAGCAACAACUACAGAAAGAUGCAAAUCUAUUUUGAAGAGAGUACAUAACUGCAAAGAUCAAACAACAAAGACUAAAGGAUUACAAAGAUAUGCAGAGAAAAUGAUGCAGAAUAAACAGAUUCAGGGAGAUGGAUUACUAUUCCAAAACAAGACCUACAAAGAAAAAUCCUGAAGACCAAUGGCUACAAAAUGAUAUCACCUAUCAUCAACAUAAUUUCAAGAGAGAUAUAUUUGCAGGAAGAUUUAAAACGAUCUAAAAGAAGGAAAAUGACUACGCAGAAUAACUAAAAACAGACCUAAUAAUUACAAAGAGAGACAAAGAGAUGCAGAACAACUUCAAAGAGCCAUCUCUUCAGCGAGAUGCAAAGCAAUUUUAAAGAUAAAAAAUGUCCACAAAAAGAAAAUAACUGUCCCCACAAGAAGCCCCAGAACAAACAGAUAUGUUGAAUGAAUAAAAUGAGAUUCAGAUGACUUCAAAGACACAGAGAGAUGCAAAAAAAACUACAAAGACCAGAUGACUCCACAAAUAAUGUAAAACAUAAAUAGAUGUAAAAUAACUACAGAAGAGAUUGCUUUGAAAUGGUUUUCAAUGUCAAAAAGAUAGGACAAACUUAAUCAGCAAGUACAACGACAGUGCGAUAUGAAAAAUAAUUUCAGUGAUGGAAAAUUCCCAUAGGGGAAUUUAAAAUGUGUACAGAGACAAAAAAAAAAGACCCACCUCAAAGAGAGACAAGAGUACACAGACAUGCAUAAAACAGUCACGCACUGAGAUGUAAUGAGUACAUGGACACGCUGCUUGUAGUCAUUUUGUGUUUCUUCGAGUCUCACCGUCUAGUUCUUUUGUCACAGAGGGUCUCAUAGUCUUACAGGCUACUUUAAGUUACAAACCGUAGCGUUUAAUUGAUAUUAUUUAGCUUAAAUUAUUUAAUCUUCAUGCUGUGAGGUUAUUAGAUGCAGAAAACUUCAAGAUUGCUGUAUUUUCAUAUGGGUGUAACCUUUGUUCUCAGACACAGGCGUGUGGAGACUGGAGCUGAGUGAGAUACGAAAAUCUUGGGUUGGAAUCCGAGUUGAGAUAUUAAACGAGCAAAUUUUUGAUGAUGUUGUAAUAUUAUCCUAUUUUUGGCUUUCUUCACAGGUUUGAACUGACCUACUUUUUACAGAAAAAAGAAGUGCCUGUACCUGUAGUGUUUUUUUUGUUUUGUUUUCACGAUCCCAUUAGGAUGAGAAUGUGCUUUUCUGUGAGUUCAAACUCACAAUAUGACGCUUUUGAUUUGUGCGGUAUAUUUAUUUAUUUUUUAAAAUUCAGCAUUUUUAUUAUCCUUCUUUUACGAGGCCCCUUUACUAGAUGUGAUAAAACUUAAGUGACUUAAGAAUGUUUCUCUUUACAUACAUAAACUAGUGAAUGUUAGAUGUUAUCUUUAAUGGAAAACGAGGUCAGCGCAUUGUAACUCGCAGCUUUUGGCAUCUGCACCUAAACACAUCGGCAUGUUUUUAAAUCUGUCAAAGGACACUGAUACCUCUCUGUGCAUGAGAUGUGUCAGUAGGAAAAAAAUACAUGUAUUACUGGUUCAUAUUGUAGACCAGCAUUUUAUUUUUUUAUGAUUUCUUGAUAUAGUAUAAAACAUAUGAGUGUGUGUGAUCUAAUUUUGAUGCUGUGCUCAAGUUUGAAGUGUGUGUGAGUUAACCAUAUCUUAAUAAUACAUAGAUUUUAUUUAUUGAAGAAGUUAUAUGUUGAGACAGUUUAAAAGCAUGCGUUAGCUGAUGGUGACAAGAUGCAGCUGCGGUCUGACCUCAGCAGCUUUUUUUGCUUUCUGGUUAUUUCAGAAACAUAUUUCCUCUGUUAUUCUCUUUAGAAUACAUUGGUAUUAUUGCACAUUAUGUAGAUUACAUUUUGCAUGUGUAACUGCAGCAUCAAAUGAAUUAGCUGCUACAUUUGUGUGACCCUCCAGUGUGCGCUGAUCGGAGCUCAUAGAUGCAGCCUUGCAAGCACUAUGCGGACAUUCAUAUUUAAUCUUACAAAAUGUGCGACCUGAUGUGAGCCAGGACUUCAAAUUUCUUAUUAACAAAAGGGCUUCACAUUUCCUUUUCAUCCCCUAAAUGUCACAUGCAGACAUACAUAGACAUGUCCAGUUUUGGUCCAGCUUAUAGCUUGAACUGUUUAAUAGAGGGGAAAAAAAGAAAGGAAAAAAAAAACCCUUCACAGGCUGGGGAACAAAGUCACAUUUGAGCCGAUUGAUGUUAUGCUGUAUCAGCGAUACUGACUUGUAGGAAAUGCCACACUGCCUCACUGUUAUUGCAACAGAAUAAACACUAUGUCGAUGUGAUGUGUGAACUUCAAAUAACUCUUCAGAGCUGACAAACUAAACCAGGUUGGUUUAAAUUAUUUACAUAUCUGUUUCUCUCUUCGUGGAUCCGAAGCCCAUGUUGAGAUUAAGAUGACGAGCUUUCAUCUGUAGCAAUGACAUCAAACUGCAGUCUUACUUGUUGUUCUCUCUGCUACAUUCUGUGGAUAGUAAGUCACGUGUUAGUAAACUCUUUGUACUACAGGAAAUUUGUUCCAUAUUUGUAUUUAAUUUUGACUUAUUAAAGGUUUUAAGAUGCCCUCUA